UGAAGUACCCCCGGUUUUUCCUCCCUCCGCCCCAGUUCUGCUCCAGCCUUCGUAAAAAAAUGGGUGUGUGUAUCUUGAAGGUUGUGUUUAGCAACGCGGAGUCUCUCGCCCGGCGUGGGAGAGGCUUGCAUCGCUGGUAAAGCUUGCAGGCAAAUCGCAGAAGGCAGACGCGGAACCGAGAGACACGCACAGGCAGAAAGCAGACACUUGAGCGUUGCAGGCGUUAAACAAGCGUUUUAUCUUGACCGGACAGGGGACACCGCUCGCCUGCUUAGGUAAACUGGCUGACAACUACAGCCAGGUAAAAUCUAUCUAUCUGGAAUCUCCAACAGAUAACCUGACUGUCAGUGCGGCCGAACUCUGCCUCUUCUGGUCUGAACUCGAUGGAGACUCCUCUUCUUUCCUGACAGCACAUCCAAUUUUCCUGCGUAGCCAGUUUUCUGGCGACCGGCCGCCGAGAAGAAAUGAACAUCAGUAUAUGUUGAUAUAUGUAUGGGCUGUAUUCCAGCUAGCGAGCCAAGUAUCUUGCCGUUGACACCUUGGGCUAUAAUGAUUCGUCAUUGGCACCGGAAUUCGUGUGACUUCUGAUUCGGUGCUUAUGUUACCUGUGUUUUUUUUCUUUUCUUCAAAGUUUGGGGUCGUUAAAUUGGUGCGCACUGAUGAAGAUGAGAGGCUUGGUGAAAGUGCUUCAUCGUACAGGUCACGUCGCUAGCUAGCUACAUUCCACAUUUCCUGCUUUUGCUUACUAGCUAGCUGAAUACCUGGUGCCGGGCUCUCUCCCGGUCCGCUCGCGUACAUCCCAUUGCGGUAAAGCUAGCCAACCAGCUAGCAAGUUAUUUUUUUGGAAAUUGGCGUUUUAAAAAAUCAUUGCCUUAGAACUGGCUGGCAAAGUUAUUUCUGUCCUGUUACAUAGUUAGCGAGCUAAGCUAAUUUGUUGUAGCUAAUAGAGGAGAGUAGUUCUCUUCACCCAAACAUAUUCCAACAUGCCCGUUCGAGCACUUCCACGGCUGGCGGUCGGCCUGAAGACGGCAUACGAGCGGGGACUAUUGCUGGUGAUAGUGAUGAUGUUAGUGGCCGGUACCGUGCUGCCCCUCGGCGCUGCGAGCUCCCCGGAGGUGAACGGCAAAGAAGCGGGCAGCCCCAAGGGUGCCCACGGGACGGAUCACGGGGGAGGCGGUCACAACAUUACCCAAAAGAACUUCCCCGUACUCGACUUCGACUUCAAGCAUGUACAGAUGCCGUUCGAAGUGUCACUAUGGGUCCUGCUGGCUUCUCUGAUGAAGCUAGGUUUCCACCUGAUCCCGCGGCUGUCGUCCAUCGUGCCGGAGAGCUGCCUGCUGAUCGUGGUGGGGCUGCUGGUGGGGGGGCUGAUCAAGGUGGUGGGGGAGAAGCCGCCGGUCCUGGACUCCCGGCUCUUCUUCCUGUGCCUGCUGCCGCCCAUCAUCCUGGACGCCGGCUACUUCCUGCCCAUCCGACCCUUCACGGAGAACGUGGGCACCAUCCUGAUGUUCGCGGUGGUGGGCACGCUGUGGAACGCCUUCUUCGUGGGCGGCCUGCUGUUCGGCGUGUGCCAGAUCGGCGGGCCCCACCUGGAGGGCGUGGGCCUGCUGCCCUGCCUGCUCUUCGGCUCCAUCAUCUCCGCCGUCGACCCCGUGGCCGUGCUGGCCGUCUUCGAGGAGAUCCACAUCAACGAGCUGCUGCACAUCCUGGUGUUCGGGGAGUCGCUGCUCAACGACGCCGUCACCGUGGUGCUGUACCACCUGUUCGAGGAGUACGUGGGCAAGGGCUCGGUCUCCGUGCAGGACGUGUUCCUGGGCAUCAUCUCCUUCCUGGUGGUGGCGAUCGGGGGCAUCCUGGUGGGCGCCAUCUACGGCAUCCUGGCGGCCUUCACCUCCCGCUUCACCUCACACACCCGCGUCAUCGAGCCCCUCUUCGUCUUCCUCUACAGCUACAUGGCCUACCUGUCCUCCGAGGUCUUCCACCUGUCCGGCAUCAUGGCCUUGAUUUCAUGCGGUGCAGUGAUGCGGCCCUACGUGGAGGCCAACAUAUCCCACAAGUCCCACACCACCAUCAAGUACUUCCUGAAGAUGUGGAGCAGCGUCAGCGAGACGCUCAUCUUCAUCUUCCUGGGCGUGUCCACGGUGGCCGGGCCGCACCACUGGGACUGGACCUUCGUCAUCGUCACCGUCCUCCUCUGCCUCGUCGCCCGCGUGCUGGGUGUGGUAGGAUUGACCUACUUCAUCAACAAGUUCCGCAUCGUCAAGCUCACCACGAAGGACCAGUUCAUUGUGGCGUACGGUGGCCUGCGGGGGGCGAUAGCCUUCUCUCUGGGCUACCUGCUGGACGCAAGACAGUUCCCAGAGAGAGGAAUGUUCUUGACUGCCAUCAUCACCGUAAUCUUCUUCACUGUCUUCGUACAGGGCAUGACGAUCCGGCCGCUGGUGGACCUGCUGGCUGUGAAGAAGAAACAGGAAACCAAGCGCUCCAUCAACGAGGAGAUCCACUCACAGUUCCUGGACCACCUCCUGACGGGCAUAGAAGACAUUUGCGGCCAUUAUGGUCAUCACCACUGGAAGGACAAGCUGAACCGCUUCAAUAAGAAGUACAUAAAGAAGUGUCUGAUCGCGGGCGAGCGUUCCAAGGAGCCGCAGCUCAUCGCCUUCUACCACAAGAUGGAGAUGAAGCAGGCCAUCGAGCUGGUGGAGAGCGGGGGCGGGGUCAAGCUGCCCUCCAACGUGCCGUCCACCGUGUCCAUGCAGAACAUCCAGCCCAAGAAGCUGGUGCUGGAUCGGGCGCUGCCCGAGGUGUCCAAGAGCCGCGAGGAGGAGAUUCGCAACAUCCUGCGCGCCAACCUGCAGAAGACCCGGCAGCGGCUGCGCUCCUACAACAGACACACGCUGGUGGCCGAGCCGUUCGAGGACGGCCUGACUGACCUGCUCGUCAAGAAGCAGCGCGUGAAGGAGAUGGAGAAGAGGCUGACCCGGAUGAAUAACUACCUGACCGUUCCGGCCGCGCCCCCGGACUCCCCCACCAUGAACAGGUCCAGGCUGGCAUCAGACCCCCAGUCGUACAGCAGUAAGCCUCUGAAGGCCUCUGAAGACGUCCCCACCAUCCAGGUGGACCUGGCCUCGCCCCAGUCCCCCGACUCGCUCAAGCUGGAGGACGAGCUGGCCAAGAAGGCGGGGCGGAAGGACCCGCCAGAGGACCGGGGCCUGGUGAUGAAGGUUCCCUCCUCAUCCUCGGGCCCGACGAAGGAGCCCAAGGGCGAGGACCAGAACGGCGGGAAGGACCAGCGGCUGAUGCGUUGCCUUAGCGACCCGGGACCCAGCGCCGACGAGGAGGACGAGGACGAGCCCUUCUUACCUUAAACAAGCCCCGCCCACAAGGGGGAGGGGGAGGGGGGG